UUCAUCAAGUUACACACAAAAAAGUUCAAGUACCAAAAAAAAUUGAAAAAGUUGUCCAAAGUUCACAAGUACCAAAAGAAACAAAUAACUAUUCAUCAAGUUACACACACAAAAAAGUUCAAGUACCAAAAGAAACAAAGUUAUGAAAACAAACAAGCUUUUGAUGGUAAGCGUGUGUGUGCUGUCAAGUACGUGUCCCUGGAAGAUGCUGACGAUUUCAUAGUGCAAAGCUACAUCAAUGAGAUUAACAUGUUAAAAAGAUACUGGCAACAGAUGCUGGAAGCCGUCAAUGUCAUCCACAAUGAAGGAAUCAUUCAUAGUGAUUUAAAACCCGCCAACUUUCUUUUUGUCGAGGGAAGAUUAAAACUGAUCGACUUUGGAAUUGCCAACUCUAUCCAGGCUGACCAAACAAGUAUACAGCGAGAUACUCAGGUCGGAACACUAAACUUCAUGUCACCAGAAGCCUUCCAGGAUAUUUCUGGUUCAAUGAACCCCAACACUGGACGAUCACGACCAUGUACAAAGAUCGGUCGUCCCAGUGACGUAUGGUCGUUAGGGUGCAUACUAUACGCRAUGGUAUACGGUCGAACACCUUUCCAACACAUCACCAACCAAGCCAUGAAAUUACAGUGUAUCAUCGACGAGAACUAUGCAAUUGAGUUUCCUCCAAUCGGCAAUUCCAAGCUCCUUGACGUAUUAAAGGGUUCUUUGAUUAGAAAUCCUCGCGAACGUUAUACAAUCCCACAUCUAYUACAGCAYCCAUUUCUGUCUUCAGGAAAAGCCGCUGARCCAAAUGAAGAACAACUUUUCAACGUCCUUCUAGAGUUAGCGCAGGCUCAUGUUAAUUCACCUCGUUCCAUUCGAGUUGCAAGCAAGAGUAUUUGCGAGCAACUACGGUCAGGUAAUAAAAUCGAUGUGUCCUCAAUUUUGGUGAAAAAGCAGCACCAGUCCCAGCAUGCACCACCCUCAGGACGUCAACCACUCGGUGGUCUGAGCAUGGGGUCCCUGCAGAUGCCUCACAGUGCACUCAAGUCAUCAGCACCAUAUAUGGGCAAUGAUAGAUCUUACUUCGAUAAGGAAAAUGCUGACUUGCCAUUCACAUGAUGAUGUCUGCUUCCGAGAAUAGAGAACAAUAUAAAUGAAAUGAUGUAUCUGAAUCACUGCUAUAAAUCACAAGUAGGAAGUUGUGUUUUCGUGGUAUUAUUCCUAUCGAUGUGCAUUUAAAAGAACUUAGAACAUUUAGAACUAUGUAAUCAGAUUUGUUCGAAGACAAUCUAGAUAAUAAAUUUAAUAUUGAUAAGGUAAAAAA